AUGCCUGACCUCUCUCCAAGUGAUCGCGGCAUCAUCACAAAGCAUCCGUUAAGUGACUCGUUAGAUCGUUUACAUCGUCAACUUCGAGGGGCAGAACAAGCCGUCUCAGACAAGGUCACUUCAACUGCCACUACUAUCGAGCGUUGGCGCAGCUCGUCAUCCAAAAAGCACCGGACAUUAAUAUCUGGAAGGCCGUCCUCAACCUCACCGUUACCAUCUCACGAUCGACCCCUCCGGCGAGCGUACCGCCCUCCUUUGACGGCACGCCAGUCAAAUCCACCUCGUCAUCGCAGAAAGGUUCCGAGCCAGACGUGUGAGUUGGUGAAUCCGAGAAUCUUUGAGGAGAUUCGUGGCUGCACAUUUCGAGACGUCGAGGGCUUCUUCGACAAGUACUUUGAGGGAAAAGACUGGAGCGACAAAGCAGAUGCCAUCUGUCGACGCGAACUGGCCCCUGACAGCGACGGUAAUUGGGCUCAUUGGGCUCAGUUUCCCAUCCCUUCUACGCAGGACGCUGUCCUCGCCUGGUGGUUUCGUCUUCAAAAAGUCCUUCUCUCGGAAUCACGCAGCACCUACUACACCACGGCGAGCAAAGCGGACCUUACCGGUUCGAAGGCGGAACGGCAAGUCGACCUUCUUUUGCGAGCUAGGGGUAGGUGCCCCUCGCGAAACAAACACGACUGGAGAGACAUCCUGAUGAGCCGCUCCGUGCGCGAGGUCUUUGCCGCCCAGCCCACCCGGCGGUUCGUCCACGCGUUCGCCGUCUGCGGGACCAAGAUGGAGGCGUGGGUGUUCGACCGUUCGGGUCCCUAUAGCUCCGGCAUCAUUGACGUCUACAAGGACUCGAGACGGUUCUUUCAGGUGCUUGUCGGGUACACCAUGAUGAGUGAUGAGGAACUGGGACUGGAUACUUUUAUUGCUAGGGAUGAAGACGGCAGCAAAUCAAUAACGGUCAAAGGGCCUGGAAAGGUGCUGCGGCUGGGUGAAAUACUUUCUUUUCAACGUGCCAUCGUGUGUCGCGGGACCACAUGUUUUCUCACAAAUGAUGGACAAGGCGUAGCUAAAUUCUCGUGGGUGUCGAACAAGCGGCGGCCGGAGGUGGAACUCCUCGAACUAGCUGGUCAAAAGAAUGUCCAAGGAGUCGCAAGGAUCAUCGGUCACAGUACCAUCACCAGCAUCGCCGACAUGCGCUGCGGCCUGACCUUCGACGACAGGUGCCACGACUUCAAAAGCGCACCCCCCAGCACAGCCUCCUCGUUUCAUCAAUCUCAGCUGCUCAUCGAGCCGCGUCGCUUAGAUAUCCGUCGAAAGUCAUCUUCCAGGAAACGCAGAUCCCCGGAUAAGUGGAUGCAGGCGUCCAAACGAUCGCGUUCCAUCAAUCAACCAUCAAGGGACACCCAGGAGGAGAAUGAACUAGCUUUCUCCAUUCAGUCGGCGCACAAACCAAGCCUCUUCGACGGGAAUGGCGAGGAACUCUACGACAACCGUGUCUUCCGGUGUCUCGUGAUCUCGCCCGCUGGCCGGCCGAUCUAUGACUACAAGUCACCCUUGGAGCUUCUCACGGCGCUUCGCGAUGCAAUAAAGGCGCACCGGUUUCUUUCCCUGGAUGGGAACAUCCUUCAUCGGGAUAUUUCGGAGAACAACAUAAUAAUAACUGAUCCGGAAAAAGCGGAUGGCCUCUCCGGCAUGCUAAUCGAUCUGGAUCUUGCCAAAGAGGUUGGGAGCGGGAGAAGUGGCGCGCGGCACCAGACCGGCACGAUGGAAUUCCUGGCGAUUGAGGUGCUGCUUAAUAUCGACCAUACCUAUCGGCAUGAUCUCGAGUCGUUCUUCUACGUGCUUAUCUGGCAAUGUGCCCGUCAUGGUUGGGACAAGUUAAAGCAGUUGCGGGCGUUGUAUCAGCUACAUGGCUGGUUGGGACAUAGUAUGUUAGAAAUAUGGUGCGCCGGAAGUCAUGAGACAGUCGCAAAUACCAAACAAGGCAACAUCGGAGCUGGUGGAUUUGAGCGCAUCUUAACAGUUGAAUUUUCUCCACCGAACAACAGUUUACUGACAAAAUGGUACACCGAUACUUACGGGGAGAUCGCAAGAAUUAAACGAAGCGACAUGGGUGCAGAUGGAUUUGAUGAUAUUUUAUCUGAGUUCCCGCUAAUAUUUGAGUGUGCCAAACCUCUUUGCAGAGCUAUACGAGACAUUCUUUUCCCGUAUGGGGGCAGAUGA